AUGCCGACUCAAUGCCUUCAUGAAAGGCAUACAAUCGCCACCAACCUAGCAACUCAUGCAUCGCAGCCUCGAUACGGCUCUCAGGCGGAGGCUUGCCCCAAUGGCUCGUUCCCUGCGGUUCAGCAGCUAGCCCAGUCAACGCCUCAUAGCGAAACAAUCAACGCUGCCGUCACGGAGGAACACAGCCGGAAGUGGUAUCGAAUGGCCCGGUCUCGACCGAUUGCUCGCGACCAAACAGCAACCCAUGACGCCAAACUGGCAGUCCUUCGGGUCUUAAGCGAAGCAUUCGAACAGGCAGCCAAGCAGUUCACGUCCGACGCCAAAAACAGCAUCGCCAAGCAAAUUGCCACCAAGUUUUUGAACUUCUGGAACCAAUCGCUCGCCGAGUUUGAUGAACCACCGAAACCCACGUACAGCAGCGUCCUCGCCUCCGGCAGAAAGCCCCAAGGACAGCUGGCCGUUACGGCCCCCGCCCCACUACAGCGAAAACAACAAACCGCCACUCGCCUCCAAGGGCGACCACCCGUGACCCCACCCAAAGAGGACCUCCGUGUCUUUGUCCGACUUGACGCUGAUGCUCCGGCCCGAAAACAUGAAAGAUACGCAAUCCGGACCCACGUCGCCGCUAGAGUCGGUAUCGACCUGCGCCGCGUCCCGGCGGCCUUCCCGGUAAACACGGGUUGGGCCAUCCAGGCAUCGGACAAGGCCACGCGCGACAUGCUCGUGCAGCGACAGCUCACGGACCUACGCGGUAUCGAAAUAAACUACGACGUGGCGGUUCGUGAAGAGAUCGUCUGCCAGACAGGGCUUGAGCCCCUCAGUGGUCAGAACAUAUUGUUCCAUUUUCAGACAGCUCUUCUAUCAGACAUUGGGUUCUAG